AUGCAGAUCCGCCCCCAUCAUGGCCUGCUCGGCCAGCUUGCCAUCUCGAUACUGGCAGCCUGGGCCAUCCCGACCAUCACCCUGAUGCCGGCGAGCGUAUCGGCCGCGCCUCCUAUGCCCCAGGCGUUUCCCGGCUUCAACAUGAACGCCUUGGCUGGCGCCGCGGAAGAUGAGGCCGAACCGCUGCUUCACAGUGCAAGCACAGUGUUGGACCUGGACGCCGCCGCGUACCGCGACCGUCCUCGCGCCUUCACACAGCCGGGAGGAGGCUCCCGGGCAGACGUCGACCCAGCUGCGCUGCGGGUCCAGACCCAAGACUUCCUGCCGAGGUCCCCCGCUCAGAUGAACGCGCUGCUGGAAGAAGGGCAACGGCUGCUGCUCGAAGCCCCGACCCGAGUCGUGGCCAAACAACUCGUCGGUAUCGGCGGGCAAGAGCUGCGGCAGUGGCUCACACGGAUCUACCGCAUCCGCCUGGUCUAUUCGAGGAUCAUGACCUACGAAAGCCCAGAUGGCUGGAUCAGGCAUGGGGCGGUCAAGAUCACCGUGGUGCCCGACGACAAGGCCCUCUGGAGAAGGCUGUCGCUGGUGAGGGACUUUGAGCCCGACAACGCUGGCAGCGUGUCUGGCAGCGCUUUCCACGACCUCACCUGGCCAAUGCAGGACUUCCGCAUCGGCGAAUACCACAUCCACGCCCAUCCUGGCCGUGGAGGCGAGACGGGGUACAGGCUCAGGGCGUGGCUCAACGACCACCCCGUCAUCGCCUACUACCAAGGUCCGCCUACCGACCCGCCAAGGCCCCGGUGGAUUUUCAUUGGCAAGGUCGAGGCCGCUCGUCGUGAUGCCCGGCUGCACAGCACGCCGCUCGAGGCAUCGGCGCCGGCGCCUGAGGCAUCGACGGCGGACUGGUAG